CGUGAUUCCUCUGGCGACCCGUCUCUGCGCGGGAUGGCUGUACCCUUUGUGUGCGAAUGCCAAGGCUUAGGGUGAGUGAAUAUAUUCGUCACCUGACAGCGCGUCAAGCUAGGCGCACGGACGCGGACUUCAAGAUCGCUUUACCCCUCUCCGCGGCGGCUUCUUCCCUUGCACCCUCCGCCGGCUUUCCAAGAUGUCUUGGUACGGCGCAGCGUCCCAGGCGCCGCCUCAAGCAUACAGCCGACAACCAAACCCGGCUUCGUUCUAUCCUCAUACAAGCCCCCUACCGCCACUGCAGCCUGGAUGGGUCUGGGAGCGGGAUGUUAAUAUGAAUUGGUGGGUGCACCACGAGCCUACUGGACAAUGGCGUUGGGCGUCUCCGACCGACCCUUCCUCGUAUCCCUAUGUGGAACGGACGCCCCCUUUGCCUCACCAAUUCCUGCCUCAGAACCGGCCGCAGCAACCAACUGCUCAGAACCCGCAAUAUUUACCUCUUCCACUAGACCUCCCAUAGCUCAUUGCGGACCGCGUAUGUGAGGCCGUGGCGGCGCAAAUCGAGGAAGAGGCAAAUGCUAGAGUGGAACACAUCUUCCU